UAGAAUCGAGAGUAAGCACUGGAUCGCGCUGGUGUGCCGCGUCGCUGCGGUAGUGCAAAUGCGCGCGCUACGUACGAGUACGAGCCAGUCCGCGAACAUCGAGCCAGUCAGUCAGUGGCAGGAAAAAAUGGCGGAUGUCGACUUGAAUAUCGACAACCUGAUACAGAGAUUGCUGGAAGUCAGAGGAUGUCGACCGGGCAAGACCGUCACCAUGACGGAGGCCGAGGUGCGUGGCCUCUGUCUCAAGUCUCGGGAGAUUUUCCUGCAGCAGCCGAUCUUGCUGGAGCUCGAGGCACCGCUCAAGAUCUGCGGCGACAUACACGGCCAGUACACCGAUCUGCUGCGGCUCUUUGAGUACGGCGGCUUCCCACCCGAGGCCAACUACUUGUUCCUGGGCGACUACGUCGACCGGGGCAAGCAAUCCCUGGAAACGAUAUGCCUGCUGUUGGCGUACAAGAUCAAGUAUCCGGAGAACUUUUUCCUGCUGCGCGGCAAUCACGAGUGCGCCAGCAUAAACAGGAUAUACGGCUUUUACGACGAGUGCAAGCGGAGAUACAACAUCAAGCUCUGGAAGACCUUUACAGAUUGCUUCAACUGUUUGCCGAUCGCCGCGAUCAUCGACGAGAAGAUCUUUUGCUGUCACGGCGGCCUCAGUCCUGACCUGCAGGGAAUGGAGCAGAUACGAAGAAUUAUGCGUCCAACUGAUGUACCUGAUACCGGUCUCCUCUGCGAUCUUUUGUGGUCCGAUCCCGAUAAGGACGUUCAGGGUUGGGGCGAAAAUGACAGAGGUGUCUCCUUCACGUUCGGUCCGGACGUCGUGUCAAAAUUCCUGAAUCGUCACGAUAUGGAUCUGAUAUGCAGAGCGCAUCAGGUCGUCGAGGACGGCUACGAGUUCUUCGCUAAGCGUCAACUGGUCACGUUGUUCUCCGCGCCUAAUUACUGCGGGGAAUUCGACAACGCCGGCGGCAUGAUGAGCGUCGACGAGACGCUAAUGUGCAGUUUUCAGAUCUUGAAACCGUCGGAGAAGAAAGCCAAGUAUCAAUACGGAGGUAUGAACACGGGCCAAACGGGUAGACCAUCUACACCACAGAGGAAUCCAACGAAAAAGAAAUGACAACCUUCUACCGAUCCUGCACAGCAACAAAUGCGAUUAUCCUUAAUGGAGGCUAUCAUGCUAGGUAAAUCCGCUUUAUGCUUGUCGAAGCUUAUUUAAUCCACAUUAGCGAUACCAUUUACGUGCAUCCAUUUCCCACGAUCAUCAGUUGAGCGAAAGAAGGAGAAAAAAAAUGGAAAAGGAGAAAGAAAGAGACGAAACCGAGAAGAAACGAAAGAGCGGUAUAAAAGUGAAAUGUAGAAGAGAUUUAGGUUCACAUAAUGAUUCGCCGAUGAUUUAGACAUGAUUUAUAUUUAGCACGUGCGUUAUUUCCACGCGUGUGUGGGCACACGUGUGGUUACGACGACGACGACGACGCACUUCGAUUCGAAUGCGAUUUAACGGGGCAAAGAUGCGCGCUAGUGGAUUCACAUACUGACACGUGGCUUGCGAAAGCUCUUCACCGUAAUCUUUAGCAGCGGAAGCGCUUCUUACAUCG